ACUCUGUGUCGAUGAAAAUUGUAUUCACAAAGUAUUCACUUUCUGUUUUGCAGGCAGCUCUGCCUAGGAGGGCCGACCCCACUGAGCUGAAAGCCAUUUUUGAAAAGUACGCCAGUGUAAAGAAAAACAAUGAGGACUUCAUGUCGCCGCAGGACUUUGUGGGCCGGUUCCUCCACGCCCACACAGACACCCGGCUGUCGGAAGAGGCCACAGAGCUGCUCGCAGGAGUGGUGGACCAGAAGAAAGACGGGUUGAUCUCCUUUCAGGAGUUCUUAGCGUUUGAGUCGGUGCUGUGUGCCCCGGACUCCCUCUUCAUGGUCGCCUUCCUGCUGUUUGAUAAAGCGGGCAAUGGAGCGACCACUUUUGAGGAUGUGAAGCAAGUCUUCAGCCAGACCAGCAUCCACCAGCACAUCCCAUUCAACUGGGACUGUGAGUUCAUAGAGCUGCACUUUGGAACGCAGAGGGACAAGCAGCUCGGCUACGGAGAGUUCACCCAGUUCCUCCUGGAGAUGCAGCUGGAGCACGCGCGACAGGCUUUUAUCCAGCGGGACCGAGCCCACAGCGGCUCCAUCUCAGCCCUCGACUUCAGCGACAUCAUGGUCACCAUCCGGCCACACAUGCUCACGCCCUUCGUGGAGGAAUGCCUCGUGGCGGUUGCGGGAGGCAGCACAUCUCAUCACGUCAGCUUCUCCUACUUCAAUGGCUUCAACUCGCUGCUCAACAACAUGGAGCUUGUCAGGAAGAUCUACAGCUCCCUGGCUGGCCACCGCAGAGAUGUUGAAGUCACCAAAGAGGAGUUCAUCGUGGCAGCUCAGAAGUUCGGCCAGGUGACACCGAUGGAGGUUGAAAUCCUCUUCCAGCUGGCCGACCUGUCAGAGCCCCGUGGACGUGUUGGUUUAGUGGACGUUGAGAAGAUCGCUCCGCUGGAGGAAGGCGCCCUGCCCUACAACUUGGCAGAGGUCCAGAGACAGCAGUUGGGCAGUGAUGGCUCCCGCCCUGUCCUGGUCCAGGUGGCAGAGUCGGCCUACAGGUUCACCCUCGGCUCAUUUGCAGGGGCUGUGGGUGCCACAGCGGUGUACCCCAUCGAUCUGGUGAAGACACGCAUGCAGAACCAGCGGAGCAGCGGCUCCCUGGUGGGAGAGCUCAUGUACAAGAGCAGCUACGACUGCUUCCGGAAGGUGGUGCGCUAUGAGGGCUUAUUCGGACUUUACAGGGGUCUGGUACCACAGCUACUGGGUGUGGCGCCCGAGAAAGCCAUAAAGCUCACAGUGAAUGACUUUGUGCGAGGAAAGACCAGACAGAAGGACGGCACUGUCCCUCUGGCGUCUGAGAUCCUGGCUGGUGGAUGUGCCGGAGGCUCUCAGGUGAUCUUCACCAACCCUCUGGAGAUAGUGAAGAUCCGUCUGCAGGUGGCAGGAGAGAUCACCACGGGGCCAAGGGUCGGGGCCCUGUCCGUCAUCAGGGACCUCGGCUUCUUUGGACUUUACAAGGGUUCCAAGGCCUGUUUUCUGAGGGAUAUCCCCUUUUCGGCCAUCUACUUCCCCUCUUACGCUCACAUCAAGGCUUACCUCACCGAGGAGGACGGGAGGAUAGGGCCAGCCAAGAUGCUGUUUGCUGGAGCUCUGGCAGGCAUGCCCGCGGCCUCUCUGGUGACCCCAGCCGACGUGAUCAAGACCAGGCUACAGGUGGCGGCGCGUGCCGGUCAGACCUCCUACAGCGGCCUGGUGGACUGCUUUUGGAAGAUCCUCCGGGAAGAGGGGCCCCGCGCUUUCUGGAAAGGAGCUGGAGCUCGAGUGUGUCGCUCCUCGCCUCAGUUCGGAGUGACCCUGGUGACCUACGAGCUCCUGCAGCGCUGGCUCUACAUGGACUUCGGCGGACAAAAGCCGGCUGGCCUGGAGCCCACCCCGAAGUCUCGGAUCAGCCUGCCGGCGCCCAACCCUGACCACAUCGGAGGCUUCAGGUUGGCCGUGGCCACGUUCGCUGGCAUUGAGAGCAAGUUUGGACUUCAUCUCCCACGCUACACGGUGGAGGCGGCAGCGGCAGCAGCCCCUGCAAACGCCCCUUGA